UAGUUUUUUCCCCUGUGGUGUUCAGUUGGAGAGGACGAGCGCUUGGUCGACAUUUUAGCACUGCAUCAUCAAGACUGACGUGGGGAAUACGUGGGCAGAGGGUCGAGCCAUCCACUCCUACCAUAAUUAGUGACGAGUCUGACUACGUAAAACUUUGUCCGAUGACCAUGGACACAGCGGUUGCGUCAUCACAGCAGGAUGGAAGUGUUGAUUACUCUCUGUCUGAUGAAGAACCAAGUCAGAGCGAAUCCAACUCACCGACUGCUGUACUUACUCAGGUUUCCGGAACAGGAGACUCCGCUGGCAUGACAGUGGUGCAGUUACCUGUUGAGCAGACAGUUCAGGUCCAGGCUGUCAUCCAGGCUCCUCAGGCCUCUGUCAUCCAGUCACCACAGAUGCAGACUGUACAGAUCACCUCUAUAGCUGGGCUUGAAGGUGGGGAGUCGGCAGUCACAGACACACAGAAAAGAAGAGAGAUUCUCUCAAGACGCCCAUCUUAUCGAAAAAUCCUCAAUGAACUAUCAACGGAUUCCUCCUCAAUUCCAAGAAUUGAGGAGGAGAAACCUGAAGAUGAGGUUCCACCCUCCAGUGUCUCUUCAGUUCAAGUUCCAACUUCAAUCUAUCAGACCAGCUGUGGCCAAUACAUUGCCAUCACCCAGGGGGGAGCCAUCCAGAUAGCCAGCCCAGGCAGUGAGGGCCUCCAGGGUGUACAGUCGCUGGCCAUGUCCAACUCUGGUACCCAGAUCCUGCAGUACGCAGCCCAGGCAGGGGACUCAGGACAGCAGUUAUUCUCUGUGCAAGGUGGCCAGAUGGUGAUACAAGCUGCCACUGGAGAUAUGCCAGCGUACCAGCUACGUUCGCCCACUUCGGGCCUACCCCAGGGCCUGGUGAUGGCUGCGUCCCCAGGCUCCCUGUCCAUGCACAGCCCCCCGGUGCACACUGAGGAGGUCACACGCAAGAGGGAGGUCCGCCUCAUGAAGAACAGGGAGGCUGCACGGGAGUGCCGCAGGAAAAAGAAAGAGUAUGUCCGGUGUCUGGAGAACCGUGUGGGCGUGCUGGAAAACCAAAACAAGACCCUCAUCGAGGAACUCCGAGCAUUAAAGGACAUUUACUGCCACAAGAACGAGUAGCUCAGUAGCUGUACUCAGCCUUGUGCCAGGAGAGAGAGAUCCUACUAAAAUGGCUCAUAUAGUUCCGUUUACAGACUGACUGCUCUAAAAGACUGGAACAAAAACUACUUUCACUGUCUACUCCGCUUUUUCAGGCCCAGUCACGUUGAUACUGCAUCAGAGGUUGUCAGGCGGCCAUAGGCUUGUGCUCUCCGGGCACAAGUCAAGUCUUGCUCUGGCCCAGGGCCCCUGUCUGUCCUCACUCAUGCGCUUGCAAGUGAAUACACAAGUGUCGCCCAGCCGCGUUUUGCUUUUGCUAUUUUCAGUGAGGCAACCAAUGAGAAGCCAGCCUGCAGAGGAAAAGGAAGUACAUGUGCUUCCUGAAGGCACACCGCUCACCACCACUGACUCACCACAGUGGAGAAGCAAAAGCUAAAGACCUGCGUUAGAGCCUCAUUAUCAGCCAGCAAGUUUGUGCAAGCAGACUCACCAGCAAGCCAACCUACCCAAGCCUAAGUGCCAGUCUGUUUAUGCUAUCAUGCCAACUCCUUGUUACUUAUUGUCAUGUUUGGCUUGACAAUGAAACCAAUCAAGUUGGCAAGAGCACCAAUAGAUCUAGGACCAGGCUAAACCUACCCAUCUUUACUUUUCACUGCUAGCUAGAGUUGUUCUUAUAUUUCUAUUCUCAUCUUGGCUGUUGUCAACAUUCCUUUGUGAAAUGAGAUGAACCUCUUCUUUCAGGACGAAGUGUGUGGACGAGUGAACACACUUUCUACAUCAUUGAAGUUUUGGAAUGCUGUAUUUGGCCAUUUGAGUCCAUUCAAAAAUGUUUAUGACUUAAAGGUCCAAUGCAACUGUUUUUAUCUCCAUAGCAACUAUUUCCUGGGCUACAAUAAAGUACCUUACUGUGAUUGUUUUCAAUUAAAGUGGUGAAAAAUAAACCAAAAUUUGCUUCUGAGCAAAGAGCUAUUUCUCAAGCAAGAAUUUAGCUUGGGCUGUCUGGGAGUGGUCUGAGCUGUUAUUGGCAGAGAAGUUUGGAACGCUCUUUCUUACAGGUCUAACUAAUUUACCACCAGGAAGACCAAAACACCAUCCCACAAAAACAGGCUGAAAUUUCAGAUGUUUUUUUCAAACAGCUCUUCCACUAAAACGGCAUUAUUGUCAUUUAGAAAAUGACAAUUUCACAGCAUUAUUCCAACCUCAUAGUUUUUUAAUUAUUUUAAAACACAGGCAAAUCUAGUUUUUGACCGCACUGGGCCUUUUAAUGUGUUACUUGAAUUAAUGUAAGACCCGGUGUCAAUGAUGUAUCUAACAUGCUAGCUUAUUUGUCCUGGGAUAUAAACAUCGGGUUGAUAUUUUACCUGAAAUGCUGAAUGGUCCUCUUUACCUGAAAAGUCCUCUACCAAAAUGUUUUCUCCUCAUCUCUCCUCCUUCAGGCUUCCUUUUUUUCUUCUUGAGACUUCAUAUGGAGGUUGGAAACCAACAUUACACCAUUACUACAACCGGCCGGAGUGUGGACCUCAGUUCAUCUUUCAAUCACCCACAUAGGUAUAUGCACCUAAAAUCCAAUGAGGAGAUUUUAGAGGCAGGACUUGCAGCGUGUUGAGCGUCACAAAUAGAACCAAGUUCUAUUUUUAGCGCCCGGCUACGCAGUCGCUCGCUAACCCGCGCAAUGAUUGAAUGCCUUUUAUGCCUUUUACUUGAUGUGCUCUUUUCAAAUGGCACAGUUCAAUUAAAAAAAUAAACAUGACAUGCCCCUCAGAGGAAUUUACAUUAAAUAAUUAUAUAUUUAUAGCCAUCUGAGGAAUCUUAUCUCACCAAGACCAUGUUGAAAUGACUACUGCUAUGCUACUCUUUCAAAAUGGCUACAUUUUCCAUUUACUGAAUGGCUCACCAAUCAUUCUCCACUUUGUCUGUCUUGGAACAUUACUGUGCUGUGCCAGUAUACUGUACACAUGUAAAAAAAAAAAAAUACAACCACAGAAAGUAUUGAUGAACUAA